AUGAGUAAUCCGUAUCCCACCGAUUAUGCCCUUCAAGACCCAUACGGAAAUCGUCUUUAUGAUGCACUCGAGGGCUUCACUGGUGAAGCCAAGGAAGCAGAAGCCUCGCGCCUGCGGAGCGCGGCAGCGACAGCAGGGCUGCCUGUUAGGACGUAG